AGUACCGGUAGUACUAUUAACUAUGUACUCCCAAGUCCGAUGUCCGUAUGUAUUGUAUUGUACAUACAUGCAAUAACUACUACCAAGCUUUUAAAAGUGGCUAGUGCACUGGACCUCGCAAGGCUUAGCAAACCUUGUUGGAGUUCUAAAUUUGGGAACUUGCCAUAGAAAAAAAAAAAAAAAAGUUAAAAAAUAAGAAAAAAGAAAUUAAAGAUUCGGAUUUCAUAUCUCAUACAGCGUCGGCGGUUCAACAUUCAACACGCAUAAUAAACCCACAUUCACCAAUUCGCAACUCAGUCUCGGGUUCACAACAACAAGAUGUCUCAGGUGCGCUCGACCGUCAGCCAAAUGGUGAAGAUUAUAGUCCCAGCAGGCAAGGCUACUCCGAGUCCACCUGUUGGUCCUGCGCUUGGUAGCAAAGGUGUCAAGUCUAUGGAUUUCUGUAAGGAAUUCAAUGCGCGCACAGAGCACAUCAUUCAAGGAACGCCUAUGCCGACUCGAGUAACAGUACGACCAGACCGAACCUUCCAUUUUGACGUACGAACACCACAUACAUCAUGGCUCCUACGGAAUGCGGCAGACCUACCACUUUCAAAGAAGGGAAAGAGAAAGGGCGCAAGCAAGCCAGGCCACGAAAUAGUAGGCACAGUUACCCUCAAGCACGUCUACGAAAUCGCCAAGAUAAAGCAAUCCGAACUGAGGCUCUCCGGUCUCUCGCUGGAAGGGCUCUGCAAGUCAGUCAUCUACCAGGCUAGGUCCAUAGGCCUCGCCAUUAUUCCGUAGGUAGAUGACGGGUGAAAACGGAACUGACCAGACCUUUGCAUCACCUGGCCUGCUGGGCGUUGAAGUAAAUGGCACGAGGCUGGCAACAU